UCCUCCCGUCAGUCCUUCCUUCCUGCGGCGCCUGCUCGCUUCGAGGUAUGGGGCAGCGCCUCCGGCCCGUCAGCACCACCUGAGGAUCCCGGAAGUCGCCCCCGCCAUGGAAGACGACCAGGAGCUGGAGAGGAAAGCAAUAGAAGAACUCCUUAAAGAGGCAAAACGUGGGAAAACAAGAGCAGAGACAAUGGGACCUAUGGGCUGGAUGAAGUGUCCUCUUGUUGGUACAAAUAAAAGAUUUCUAAUUAACACAAUUAAGAACACGCUGCCCUCCCAGAAAGAGCAAGACCAAGAACAAAAAGAGGGCAGUGAGGAACCUGCGAAAAGCCAGGACCAGAAGGAGGAAAGCCGGCAGAAGCACAGAACCCACCCAUACAAGCACAGGGUCCACGCUCGGGGCCCUGCCCGUCAUUCUCCGCCGGGGAAGCGGCGCAGCCCGGAGAAGUCCCAGAAGCGAUCCAGCAAGCGGUGAGGCAGGGACGCAGGGUGAGCGCGACCGUCCCAGCACCCGGGCCUGGGCUGGUGCAGAGACGGGGCUGAGGACGGGCCCGCGCUGGCAGCGCAAACACCCAAGAGGGAUUUUCCAGCAGGGCCGCUGUCAUGACAGCGGAAGAUCACCUGAGGCUCCGAGGAAAGAGUUCAAAGGGAACGCUCUGAAGACGCCUUGGCAAGUUUAAGCUGCUUCAGCGGUGUAGUAUACAUACGCAUUGAUUUUAUUCUGUCUUGUUUGGAAGUUGGUUUCAAAAUAAAUCUUAAAAGUUUUCAGAGAUUAUUAAAACUAGUUCCACUUA